CUUGAUGUGAUUGAUAGAAAAAUUGCGCUACGGACAUACUUACUAUUAUUAUUAUUAUCACUGUGACAAAAUGGGUGAGGUUUACACAGAUACUACAAGACCGAUGCUAGAAAAAAUCCCUCCACAGCCAUCUAAAAAGCUUAAGCAGUAUUUGGCAACUAGUUCAGUUUCCAUGGGAGCUUUUUGCGCCGGUACUACUCUAUCAUGGACAUCUCCUGCCCUGACUCACAUCUUGGUCCUCAACAACACAAACACCACCAACUCAACGGACUCAUUCACAUCCUCACCAGGCUUCACCAUAACCCACAACGAGAGUGCCAUAGUAGGAUCGAUGCUAACCCUAGGUGCCCUGAUAUCAGCUAUACCUGUAGGAUACUUGGCCGACAAAUACGGCAGAAAAGUGACAGUACUCAGCCUAUCGAUGCUAUUCCUGCUUAACUACGUACUGCUAGCUUUCUCCGUUAACCUCCAGAUGGUGAUCGUAGCAAGGCUGCUAGCUGGUGUAGGACUAGGUGGGAUUUGCGUCGUCGGACCGAUGUACAUCGGAGAAAUCACCGAAGCCAGCAACCGUGGAACCUUAGUUUCUUUCUUUCAGUUGUUCCUAGCUUCUGGAAUACUGUUCGCUUGCGUAGUGGGGUCCUUCACCACCUGGGUGGGACUGGCUUUCCUACUGGGAUUACCAGCUAUCAUCUUCGGUGCGAGCUUUGUUUUCAUGCCAGAGUCUCCAGUGUUCUUACUCAGCAAGAACAGGGUGAAAGAAGCUGAAGCUAACCUCAUUGAACUCAGAGGAAGCGUUUACAAUGUGGCAGCUGAACUGAAGGAGAUGGAUGAUCAAUUAAUGGAGUCCCAGAGGAAACAGGCUAGCCUCAAAGAUUUAGUAGCCGAUAGAGGGAAUCUCAGAGCACUCAUCUCUGUAGUCGGGGUCCUCUCUUUUCUCCAGCUCAGUGGAAUCAAUGCGCUGGUCUUCUACACAGUAACUAUCUUCGAGGCAGCCGGUACGAGCAUAUCUCCUUUCAUUUCUGCUAUCAUCAUGAACUUGGCUCAAGUGUGUGUGUCGUACCUCGCGACUUUAGUGAUCGAAAAAGCUGGCAGGAAGUUCUUCCUGAUGCUUUCAUCUACAGGGAUGAUGCUCUGCCUAGCAGCUUUAGGAAUGUUCUUCCACUUGAAAAUGUUAUCGAUCAAUAUGGGAACAUUCAUGAGCUUCCUUCCGCUUGCAGCUACGAUCCUCUUCAUGUGUUUCCUUUCCCUUGGCUAUGGGCCAGUUACUUGGAUGUUGCUGAGCGAGCUGUUUGCUCCUGAAAUCAAAGGCAUCGCUAGUGGUAUCGGGAUAUUGGCUAAUUGGGGGUGCGCUUUCCUUGUGACUUUCUCUUUUCCAUUGUUGAACGUUGCUCUGGGCAGGCACGUCACUUUCUAUAUCCUGGCUGGUAUCAUGGCGUCGGCUACUGUGUUCGUUCACUAUGUGGUGCCUGAGACGAGGGGGAAAUCUCUAGCACAGAUUCAGCAGGAGCUCAAUCGAUGAUUUUGACAUGAAGAGUAUUAUUGAGGUGAAAGUUUGAGUAGGACUGUGAAAACCGAAAUCUCAGAUGAAUUGUUGAUGCACUAUACAAUGCGAAAAAUAUGUUGAGAUUACUCGAAAUUGGAUAUACUGUCUGUCCAAGGUUGCACAGCAUACGGAUCUGGAAAACGGUAGGAGAUGCGAGGUUGGUUGAAUGGAGAAAAAGUUGCGCAUUCGGAGGCUCGUAUCAACAGCC